GCUCGGGCCCCAGGGAUGCUCGGGCCACCGGGCAGCGCCCCCCUGCGCACUAGUGCGCAGGCGCGGCGCGCUUGUCCCGCCCCCGCCCCCCUCCACGUGCGGCGCACACCUCGCGCUCCCUUCUGCUGGGCUCGCCUCGCGCCUCCCUCCCUCCCUCCUCCCGCCCCUCCGGUCCGGGCUUCCCAUUGGCUGCGGGCUUCGUCCCUCCGACCGCAGCCCGGCAGGCCCCCACCAGGCCGGAAGUCCCACCCCACGAGUGGCUGUCCGUAUCGUCGAUUGGCCCAGACGUCUGUCAGUCCGGGCGGCUGGCCCGAGUCGGCGGCGGGGGCCCGCGGUCGGUGCGCGACCCGGGCUGGCGGUGGUUUCCGGUUCCGCGGGGCUGGCGGGCGGGCGGGCGGCCGUGAGCGGCGGCGGCGGCGCCUGACAGACAAUGAGGGCGGCGGGGCGGCGCUGAGCGGCGGCGGCGGCGGCGAGCAACGCGGGGCCCGGGGGCGGGGCGGGGCGCCAGCCAUGGACAAUCAGUGCACUGUCCAGGUCAAGUUAGAGCUGGGACACCGCGCCCAGCUGCGCAAGAAGCCCACCACGGAGGGGUUCACGCAUGACUGGAUGGUGUUCGUCCGCGGCCCCGAGCAGUGCGAGAUCCAGCACUUCGUGGAGAAGGUGGUCUUCCGGCUGCACGACAGCUUCCCCAAGCCCAAGCGGGUGUGCAAGGAGCCCCCCUACAAGGUGGAGGAGUCGGGGUAUGCUGGCUUCAUCAUGCCCAUCGAGGUGUACUUCAAGAACAAGGAGGAGCCGAGGAAGGUUUGCUUCACCUACGAUCUAUUCCUGAACCUGGAGGGCAACCCGCCCGUCAACCACCUGCGCUGCGAGAAGCUCACAUUCAACAACCCCACCGUGGAGUUCCGGUACAAGCUCCUGAUGGCCGGCGGGGUGAUGGUAAUUCCUGAAGGAGCAGAAACGGUGUCCAGGCCCAGCCCCGACUACCCCAUGUUACCCACAAUUCCACUCUCUGCCUUCUCUGACCCCAAGAAGACCAAACCGUCCCACGGCUCCAAGGAUGCCAGCAAGGAGAGCAGCAAGGCCUGCAAGGCCCACAAGGCGACCAAGGAGCACCGGGAGCGGCCGCGCAAGGACUCAGAGAGCCGAGGCACCUCCAAGGAGCCGGAGCGCGAGCAGGCCCGGAGUGCCAAGGACGCGGCGCGGAAGCUGGGCGAGGGCCGGCCACCCAAGGAGGAGAAGGCCCCGCCGCCCAAGGCUGCAUUCAAGGAGCCCAAGAUGGCCCUGAAGGAGACCAAACUGGAGGGCAUGUCCCCCAAGGGCGGGCCCCCACCACCGCCCCCGCCCAAGUCUUCCAGCAAGAGGCCGGCCACUGCCGACUCACCCAAGCCCAGCGCCAAAAAGCAGAAGAAGAGCAGCUCCAAGGGGUCGAGGAGUGCCCCCAGCACCUCGCCCCGCACCUCGUCUUCCUCCUUCUCGGACAAAAAGCCGGCCAAGGACAAGGGCAGCACCAAAGGGGAGAAGGUCAAGGCCGAGAACGAGUCCAGGGAGAUCAAAAAGCCCCCGGAAGUGGAGGAGUCCAACUCGGAGGACGAGGCCUCCUUCAAGACUGAGUCUGCCCAGUCGAGUCCAUCCAAUUCCAGCUCCAGCUCUGACUCCAGUUCAGAUUCGGAUUUUGAGCCGUCUCAGAACCACAGCCAAGGACCCCUGCGCUCCAUGGUAGAGGACCUGCAGUCUGAGGAAUCUGAUGAGGACGACUCUUCGUCAGGCGAGGAAGCCGCCGGCAAGACGAAUGCAGGGAGGGAUUCCAGGUUGAGCUUCAGUGACAGCGAGAGCGACAAUAGCGGAGACUCCUGCCUGCCUAGCCGGGAGCCCCCUCCACCCAAAAAGCCACCUCCACCCAACAGCAAGGCUUCAGGCCGCCGGAGCCCGGAGCCCUGUGGCAAGCCAGAGAAGAUCCUCAAGAGGGGCACCUACGACAAGGCCUACACUGAUGAGCUGGUGGAGCUGCACCGGAGGCUGAUGGCCCUGCGGGAGCGCAACGUGCUGCAGCAGAUCGUGAACCUGAUCGAGGAGACCGGUCACUUCAACGUCACCAACACCACCUUCGACUUUGACCUCUUCUCCCUGGACGAGACCACCGUGCGCAAGCUGCAGAGCUACCUGGAGGCUGUGGCCACAUGACCCUGGGCCGGGUGCCGGGCCGCAUCCCUGGGGUCCUGGGAGGCCACGUCCGGGCCCCGCCUUCCCCCUUCUCUCGACUCACCCGCCCGCAGCACUGCCUUAGUGACCGCCCUGUCCUUGGCCCACAUGGCCAGCUGCACUUUCCUCAUUGGGAGCCCUGGGGCAGAGGGGGGCCAGGCUGGCGCUGCUGCUCCCCGACACCCAGGGCUGUCACCUGGGCCCCCCUGGGAAAGCGGCUUGUAUUGGAGGCGGCACCAGGCCUCACUCCUGAAUGGGAGGAAGCGUGCCCUGUGUUGGGGGCCUGGCUCCACGGUGGGGCGUGUGGCACAGCUUCACUGCCCAGGCCCUCUGAGCAGCGGGGGCCCUGCCUCCAGCCUCUCCAAACGGUUCAGAACAUGCGCCGUGCUCCAGGACCUCAGAGGGCCCCCACUGCACCUGGACGGGCCCCACUCAUCCUCCCGUGAGCUGACACGGUUCCGUGGCGGCUCUCACUGUGCUGGGACUCGUGCUGUAUAGUUCUCUCCCUAUUAUAUAUAUACGUCUGCACUGUAGGUACCAGAGCGGGUUCCAGAUGUGUGUUUCCGUGGCAGCAGUGCACGUUGGGGGGGUGGGGGGUGUGUAAGGCGGGACUUGUAGGUUAAGAUGUCUCCACUGGUCGUGUUGUUGUCGGGCUGGAGGCCGAGCCGGAGCGCCAGCCGGCCCCUCCAGGGGUAGGGAGGACGCCUCUCCCUUCCCCCGGCCGGUGAACACUACGCGCCGCCAUCUCCGGAAGCAGCCCCCGGCCCGGGGCUCGUCCUCUUCCUCCUUCCAUAGGAUCCUCUUCCUUCUGUUGACCGAGUCUUCAAACUUUGAAAAAAAAAAUGAGCUUUUGCCAAAUAAGACGGGAUAGUUUGUGGAGUGUUUUGCGGAGCGUCAGGACUCAGAGCCAACCCCUCAUGUCUGGGCCCCGGUGGGCAGCGGGCCCUCCCACCCCUGCGAGUCGUGCCAGUCCAGGGCCAGAGACCCAAUGCCUCGCACGCCUGAAACUCUCCAAGGGCCAAGCCAGCUCCUCCCCACCCCCAGCCGGAACGUCCUUGUGGGGAAACUCCUGGGCCUGGGGGCCUGUUUGUGCAGCCUCUGCUCUCCCAGACCUCGACUCCAGGCUCCUCUGGCCCCCACCAGCUCCAGGAGAGGAGGCCUGGACCAGAGCUGGGCUCACCUCCUCUCCCACCACCGUUGGAUGGCCCCUUCUCUUCCCAGUUCGUGAGUACUCACGUGGGGUGCGCCAAGACCCCCUUCCCUGUGGCCCCCGAGCAUUGUCAGUACUCCGAUUUCGUCUGUCAGGCAGACCCCCAACACUCCCUCAGGAGCCCCGCCUCCAAGGCUUCCCCAAAAGCCAGCCUUGCUGGUGAGACCCCAGGACCUGGGGAGGCCCAAGAACUUUCCGAGGAAAACGCCGUGACGCCUCGCCAUCUGCUCUGAAUCUCUCCCAGCCCCACUGCCUCAAGGUAUCAGCAAGAAGGCACGCCCGUGUGGCAGGCUCCGUGCCACCACCCGUUUCCCCAGGCAGGCCAACAAUACUCCGAAGUGGGGCACCUCUCCUCUGGAAACUAAGACAUUGGACAGAAGGGACUGGCCUGAGGGCAGCAGCUGCCGGGCCCUCUGUGCACAGAGGCCGCUGGGGUCACGGGUGGGAGCCUCAGUCCAAGGGCGCUAGUCGUUUUCCUUCUCGAGGAGCUCCUGACUCAGUGACUCGGGCAGCUGUCUGCUCAGGAGCCGGGCUCUGCGCCGGAGGCAGCUAGAGGAAGGCUGGGCUCGUGGGUCUGCCCUUAGCAGCAGCAGCAGAAGCUGGCCCUGCCUCUGAUUUCUAGGGCCUUCAGAAGCACCAACCCAUUUCUGUUACCUCCUCUGGCCAGAAGGCCCCUGUGCUGUCCUCUGGACCUACUCUGGGCUCAGUGCUGGCCCUGCAACCACCUGAUGGACGUGCCAGGCAGCCAGGGCCCUGGCCACGGCAUUCCCAGCUGCUCCCCCACCCCAGCCCCAGCUGCCUGGCAGCUGGGCCCACCAGGGCUCUGGGGAACACUUCCAUAGGAAGGGCCGGCACUUUGUGAUGGCCGCGUGUUUAGUGUUAACCCCCUUACCCCCAGUGCAAGUCCCCGUGUUUUGCUCUCUCCUGAACAAAAUGUAAACCGACGCCUGAAAGCAAAAGGUAUCGAAUACCUUUCUUACCCACAAGGGUUUUUUGUUUUUGUUUUGUUUUUUGUUUUGUUUUUUUUUUUUUACAAAGAAUGUGUCUCACUAGGAACUAGGACACUCAUCAACCUGAGACCAACUCCUGGAUAAAAAGAAUAAAGGAGAAUUGUGUUUGUAAUAAGUCA